AUGGUGUAUGGCCGAGGGUUUGGCCUCAUCGGGCAACUGUUUGGUGAAGACCACUUCCUCAACCAACCCAACAGUAUAUUUGGUAUAAUCUUCUACUGCAUUGUAAUCAUUCUGGGUGAAGCCAAGACACUAAAAGUGGCAAAAAUCCAGCUAGGUCUAAUUGCUUCGUCUAAUUUAAUGAGUAUGUAUUUGGCCUACCUCCUCUAUUUUGUGCUCAGGGACUUUUGUGUUAUCUGUGUCAGCACGUACAUUGUCAAUGCACUACUGACACUGGUGGCCUUCAAACGUGUCUCAGUCCUGCAGAGAAUGGUGAAGGUCAAGUCCAAGAAUGCAUAUGGAGCACAGAAGUUGUCCAGAUUAAGUCUCAAGAGUAACUGUGCUGCUGGCUAG